AUGCGGUUGGUGUUUACCGCAGUGGAACCGCACCCACAACUGUCUUACCAAAAAGGCAAAAAGAAAAAGAAAGGAACAGGAGAAAACUGCACUGCUGAGACAAACAGGCCGUAGCCCACAAAGUACACCCAAAUCUCUUAUUUGAUCGGUGGAACUUGAGAAACAAUCGAUCCCUCAAUUGCUCUAUCUGAUCAAAGCAGAACGCUGAGAAAAAUGGUAGAGAUAGAAGAUGAAGACCCAGUGUCUGUCUUCAUGAGUCUAGACUCUUGGCCAUCCUGUCCCUUCCAAACCAACGACGUAGAUGAAGAAAAUGGUCCCGCAGAAGAAGAAAAUGACUCCCCAGAAUCCUCCAACACUCUCUCUCAGUCCAGGGUGACCCAUAUGGUUGGGUUUGUUAUAGUCAACAUAGUGAAUUUACAUAACUAUUCGGGUACGAUCAGUGGUCGAGAAAUGGUUGGUUUGAUUCGUGAACCGUCGAAUCUCUCUGACCCAAAUGCUAUCAAAGUGCUCAACGUAAUGUUAGCUCAAGUGGGUCACAUCGAGCGGUCCGCGGCAAAGGUUCUAGCACCGUUGAUUGAUCAACAUCUGAUAAUUGUGAAAGGAAUUGUACCAAACAUACCGGGAAGGGCAAAUAGGUACAGGCGUUCAUGUAGAGUUCACAUUUUUUCCAGGAUUGAGGAAUUUCCGAGAGUGAAAUCAGCAAUUUUGCGUGGUGGGUUGCAUUUGAUUUCGGAUAAUGUUGAGUCAUCUAUGUUAUUGGAUGCGGUGGUUGUGAAGGAGAAGAAUGUUAGCAAGGAUGGGAAGAGUUUAGAUGAGAUUUUCAAGUUGUUGGAUGAAAACAUAAAUAAAAAAGGAAUGUUUGAAGCAUUGGAGCCACCAAAAAAUGUUAUCAACUCUGAGCUUUUUAUGCACCAGAAGGAAGGUUUGGGGUGGUUGGUUCAUAGGGAAAAUUCUUGUGAAUUGCCACCUUUUUGGGAGGAGAAAGAUGGGUCUUACAUGAAUGUGUUGACAAAUUACCAAACACAUAAGCGGCCAGAGCCAAUACGUGGUGGAAUUUUCGCCGAUGAUAUGGGUUUGGGUAAAACUCUGACAUUGCUUUCUUUGAUUGCUUUCGAUAAAUGUCAUUGUGUUAUGCCUUCUUCAAUCGAUACUGGAGGUAUAAAUUUAGAAAAAUACGAGGAACUAGAAGGAGGAGGAGAGAACCCUGAUAUUUCAUUCUGUAAGAAGUCAAAGAGGGGGAGAGUGAAUAAAUUGGUCUGGAAUUCAGGUAAAAAAAGAAAAACUGAGGACACCCAUGUGGAUAAAGAGGUGAAAGGGAAAUCAGUUGGUGAUUCUGGUGGAUCUAUUGCUUUUUCGAAAACAACCUUGAUUGUAUGUCCACCAUCUGUUUUUUCGACAUGGGUGACACAAUUAGGAGAGCACACUAUACCAGGAAGUUUGAAGGUGUAUCUGUAUUAUGGAGGACGGACGAAUGAUCCUGACGAGCUUCAGAAGUAUGAUAUUGUUUUGACAACUUAUAGUACUCUGGCUACUGAAGAACGUUGGUUGGAGUCUCCUAUUAAGACAAUAGAGUGGUGGCGAGUCAUUUUGGAUGAGGCACAUAUAAUUAAGAAUGCCAAUGCUCAACAAAGCCGUGCAGUUACUAACUUGAAUGCUAAGCGGAGAUGGGUUGUUACUGGAACACCCAUACAAAAUGGCUCAUUGGAUUUGUUUUCUCUCAUGGCAUUCUUGAGGUUUGAGCCAUUCUCAGUUAAAUGCUAUUGGAACAGCUUGGUACAGCGCCCACUUGAUCAGGGGAACGAGAAGGGCCUGUUGCGGCUGCAAGUUCUAAUGGCAACCAUAUCUUUGAGGAGGAUGAAAGACAAGGCCUUAGUCGGUUUACCAUCUAAAACUGUAGAGACAUGUUUGGUGGAACUUUCUCUAGAAGAGCGCGAGCUGUAUGAUCAAAUUGAAGGAGAAGCUCGGAGUAUUGUCCGCAACUAUAUUGCUGCUAACAGUGUAAUGAGCAACUAUUCAAGUGUACUCAGCAUAAUUUUACGACUUCGCCAAAUAUGUACAGAUCUAGCCUUGUGCCCAGCAGAUUUCAGAUCAAUGCUUCCAUCAAACAAUAUUGAAGAUGUAUCCAACAACCCAGAAUUGCUGAAGAGGAUGGUUUCGGUGCUCCAAGAUGGGGAGGAUUUUGAUUGUCCAAUUUGCAUUUCUCCGCCGAGUAAUAUUGUUAUUACUCGUUGUGCUCACAUCUUCUGCCGAUCCUGCAUCCUUAAAACCCUGAAACGUGCUAAACCCUGCUGCCCUCUCUGCCGCCGUCCACUGUUAGAGUCUGACCUUUUCUCGUCUCCACCAGAAUCUUCCGACAUAGCCAAUAAUGAAAUUUCCUCUUCUACUACAUCUUCUAAAGUGUCUACACUUCUAAAGCUUCUCUCAGCAUCAAGGGAUCAAAAACCAACAAUAAAAUCAGUUGUUUUCUCACAAUUCCGGAAAAUGUUGGUUUUACUUGAAGAGCCGUUAAAAGCUGCUGGUUUUAAGAUCCUGCGCUUAGAUGGGUCAAUGAAUGCAAAGAGGAGAGCUCAAGUAAUAAAAGAAUUUGGAAUCCCAGCAACAGAUGGGCCUACAAUCUUGCUUGCAAGUCUUAAAGCAUCUAGUGCUGGUAUAAAUCUAACUGCUGCUUCCAGGGUCUAUUUGUUGGAGCCAUGGUGGAAUCCUGCAGUCGAGGAACAGGCUAUGGACCGGGUCCAUCGUAUUGGGCAGGAGGAGGAUGUGAAGAUUGUGAGGAUGAUUGCUCGAAACAGCAUUGAAGAGAGGAUACUGGAGCUACAAGAGAAAAAGAGGUUGCUUGCAAGGGAUGCUUUCAGUAGGAGGGGACCAAAAGAUCGGAGGGAGAUUGGUGUCGAUGAUCUUCGUACUUUGAUGUCUAUGUGAGUCAUUCUCACUCUUACCCAUUAUACUUGCAGCAUGGGCGUUGUGUUUGCUCUUACAUGUAUGUCUGCAUAGACUCGCUAUAAAUUUUGGGUUCAGAAAGCUUCUAAACUCUUUUGGUUAUGUACACAAGGCACAUCCAACCAUGCAUACAAGUAUGCAGAAGCUACAUGAAACUGUAUUUUCUGUUUCGAACUCUCUUUUGAUAUAAUGGUAAAGAAACUUAUGGCAGAUAAUGACUUUGAAACAAACGCUCCCCUAAGAAGGGGCUGGCGCCCAAAUUGUUAUUCGAGUUAUAGGUAUUGUUGUAGAACUAUAUUUUUAUCGUGUGCACUCUAUUAUUUUCUUG